AUGAACACAACGUCAACUGUAAAGCCGUGGGAACCACAGCAACGAUUGGGUAGUCUAAAGACAUGGCUCGACAAACACCAGGAGCUGAUGAAACAGUCGGCCGAUCACCAGAAGAACAUCCGAGUGGUGUUUAUUGGCGGUUCGUUAACCAAAUACUUUUUAUACGCAGGUCAACACAUUUGGGAUAAGUAUUACGAACCGGAAGGCGCCUAUAAUUAUGGUAUUUGUGGUGACAACACUUCAAAUAUCUUGUGGCGGAUCCAGAAUCACGAGUUGGCCGGACUUCAGCCCAAACUCAUUGUCUUUCAAUGUGGAUACAACAAUAUAUUUGCCGAUAAGUCCAAUACUGUGGCCGAAGACACGGCCAAAGGAAUUGAGACUAUACUACAAGAGUUGAGGGCCAGAUGUCCGGACAGUAAGAUUAUACACAUGGGUGUGAUGAUUCCGAUUAGAGACCCCGGUUUGGACCAUCAGUGCCUGCAAUUGGAUGAGAUGACCGAGAAGUUUGAUAACCAAAACAAUAUCUACUUUCUGAAAACACGUGCUCACUAUUUGGACUCCAAUGGUAUGGUUGAGGCCUCGUUGCGCACCAGUGAUGGCGUGCACCUGACCCGCGCCGGGUAUCAGCCCUGGGAGGCGGAGGCGGGCAACUGGUGGCCCAAUUGGAUGCAAAUACAUAACCAGUUAACAGCCAACAGCCGAGACCAGGCUGACCACAUUAAAGCCCUAUUCCUGGGCGUCUCCCUCACCAACUUCUGGGGCGGUGACGGCCGGCAACUGUGGGACUCCUAUUACGCGCCCAAAGGGUCGGCCAACUACGGCAUACCCGGCGACUCCACGUCCAAUGUCUUGUGGCGGAUCCAGAAUAAGGAAAUGGAUGGACUCAGGCCUAAGGUUAUUGUGUUUUCCUGCGGCGCCGGUUACAAUAGUCUCCAUAAUCCGGACCCGAAAGUAGAUCCCCGGACACAGCCCUCGGGUCCGGAAGUGUUGCGGGGCCUGAAAGAGAUUAUCACCGAGUUAAAAGCAAAAUUCACGGACACCGGGAUUAUAGUGAUCGGGCACACCCCGUAUCACAACGACGACCGCCGGCCCGAUGUCAGCGAAGUGUCCAAAGAGAUCAAUCGGGAGCUGAAGAAGUUUGCCGAUGAAAAGACAGUGUAUUUCUUGGACCUGACGCCCAGUCUUGUGGACAGUAGUGGUCAGCAAUUGCCCGGCCUUUUCAAAGAUGGCCUACACUUUACGUUAGACGGGUAUCGGGUGUGGCAUCGAGUUAUGGGUCCGUUGUUUGAAAGACUAAUGUUAUGA